AUGGCAGCCGACUGGUUUGCGAUCCAAAGUCUUUGCGGUGUCAGCUACCCAAUAGAGGUGCCAGAGAACCCCACAAAUGUCACUGAUAUUGCUGGAUUCGCACCUCCUGUGGCAAUCUGGUGCUUGGGGGGUGCGUACUGCGUGGAUGGACCGACCACUUCAUCAAUUAGCUCUGUUACUGCUGUAUCUGCAACGGCCACUACGGCGCUCAAACUAUAG